AUGUCGAAAGAGUAUGAAAUUAGUAGCUCCAACACUUCAAAUGAUACCACAUUCCAGCUUAAUUUCUCGAAUUCUUUGACUCGUCCAUUAAGGAAAAAACCCAAAAUCGCAACAUUACAAAAGGACCCUGUUAAUGAAAUCCGUUUGUUACCUGUUUCAGUGCUACCGGACUCUGCUCAGUGUAUAUUCCCUUUCGAAAAUUUUAAUAGAAUGCAGACUGAAUCGUUCGAAAACAUCUACCGAUCCAAUGAAAACUGCAUCGUCACCUCCCCAACAGGAUCCGGAAAGACAGUCUUAUUUGAAUUAGCCAUUUUAAACGCAAUGAACAGGCUCGAUAGACCUUCUUCGGUAAAGGUGCUUUAUAUUGCACCUACUAAAUCGUUAUGCAACGAGAAGUAUCAACAGUGGAAAUCGAAGUUUAUCAUGUUAUCAGUUGGAAUGUUGACAAGUGAUACUUCCUUCACAGAAUUGGAAAAAGUAAAAGCCGCAAACAUCAUCAUAUGUACACCUGAGAAAUGGGAUGUUAUAACAAGGAAAUGGACAGAUUAUCCUCAGUUCUUUGCCAUAUUGAGCCUUGUGUUGGUAGAUGAGAUUCAUAUUUUGCAGGAGCAUCGUGGAAGUACAUUGGAAGUUAUUCUUACUAGAAUGAAUUCAAUGUGUCAAAAUUUGAGAAUAGUUGCUGUAAGUGCAACCAUUCCUAAUAUACAUGAUAUUGCUGACUGGUUGAAAACUGGAGGACCUACUGGCGUUCCAGCAAAAGUACUAGCCUUUGAUGACAGUUACCGACAGGUGGUGUUAAGACAUCACGUUUAUUCAUUCUACAAUAAAUUCAAUAAUGAAUUCCAAAUGGACGCUUUGUUUAAUACAAGAUUGGUCGAACUCAUUAACAAGCACAGCAAAGGAAAACCUGUUCUAAUUUUUUGCCCCACCAGACAAUCGACCAUUGUAACAGCAAGACACAUCGCCCUACAUGACCACGAAAUGAAUAACACCAGUAGUAAACGUUCAAAUAUUAAACUACAGGACAAACAAUUAAGCGAGAUUGCACAGAAGGGAAUUGCUUUCCACCAUGCCGGAUUGUCAAUGACGGAUAGGAGCGUGAUUGAAGACAAAUUCACCAACGGUGACAUAAAAGUGUUGUGUUCGACUUCAACUUUGGCUGUCGGAGUCAAUUUACCAGCUUAUUUGGUUAUUAUUAAAGGUACAAGGAUGUGGUCCAUCAACGGUUCCCAAGAAUAUUCAACUCUAGACAUUUUACAGAUGAUCGGAAGAGCAGGAAGACCACAGUUUGAAACAGAAGGGACCGCAUUGAUCUUAACGGACGAAGGAUCCCAAGAAAAAUACGAGAAUCUUUUGAAGGGAACCUCCACCUUAGAGAGUUGUUUGCAUUUGAAUCUAGCCGAAAACAUUGUUGCUGAAAUUGCACUAAAUUCUAUUACAUCGAUAAAAUCUGCGAUGAAUUGGUUGAAAAACACUUUCUUUUAUAGACGAUAUCUUAAGAAUCCAGCUCAUUAUAGUGUUAUUAGAAGCAGUAUACUGACUUCGGACGCUGAAUGCCAGUUAACUCAUUUUUGUGAACGAACACUAAAGGAUCUUCUUUCUUAUAAAAUAAUCCUUGACAACAACGGAAAUUUGUGUGCUUCUGGAUAUGGACAGGCAAUGACUAGGCACUAUAUCCUUGGAGAUACGGUCAAAAACAUCAUAAGAUCAAACACAUCACUAAAGUCGCUUGAGGUACUUAAAAUAUUGGCCAAUGCUAGCGAAUUUGAUAGUAUUCGUUUGAAGCAUAAUGAGAAGAAAUUGUAUCGAGAAAUCAAUGCAAAUCCUCUUUUGCGGUACCCAUUUACAGAUAAGAAGAAACAGCUAAUGUCAAUAACUUCUAAAGAACAGAAAAUUUCGUUAUUAAUCCAGUACGAAUUAAGCGGUUUAGAGUAUCCUUCUUACAAAGAUGCACAAAAACAUCACCAAACAUUAGUUCAGGAUAAGAUGCUUGUUUUCAGACAUGCUCCUCGAGUACUCAAAUGUAUGAUUGAUUGCUUUAUUGAGAAAUAUGAUGGAGAUUCAUUGAAAAGUACUUUAUUUCUUUUGCGUAGUGUCGCCGGUAAAGGUUGGGAGGAUACUCCGAUGAUCUUAAGACAACUAAACACCAUUGGUUUGGUAUCACUACGGAAAUUAGUGAGUCACGGAGUAUGUACAUUUGCAGAUAUGGAAAAACUCACAGAACAACAGAUCGAAUAUUAUCUCAGUUUGCGACCAGGCAACGGAUAUAAAAUCAAAAGUGACUUACAAAUGAUUCCUUUAUUAUCGCUCGAAUACAGUGUAGAAGAAAAGACGGUAACUCAAAACGCAAUCCAUGUUUCAUUUAAAGUAGAAGUACAAGCCAAUUUUAAAUCUGCAUCUUGGCAUGGUCAACAACUUUGUAUGCUGAUCAUGUUGAAGACUGAUACAGGCAUAUUAAUAGAUUUUCGGCGAACGUUCUUGAGUAAGUUAAAGACACCCAAAGCCUUCAGAAUAACCAUCCAGGUAGACAGAAACACGAAUUUUAUCGAGUUUGUCUAUUCAUGUGAGCAAAUAGGCGGAUCAAAUCGUGAAAUCAGGUACUAUUUGAGUAAUGGGUGCUAUGACGAUAUGCCAAAAUAUUCGAAUGUACUUGAACAGAUUGAUUCAAACCAAACUGGCUCUUUCCAAACUUCAAUAAAUUACAGUGACGCCAGGGAAACUAUAAACAAUGAAACAGAUGAUGAUGAAGAGCUAUUAAAUUUGUUAGCGGAGAAAAAUAAUUCAAAUGCUAACAAUGAACGACAAGAAGACUGCGACAGAUCUCUAUUGGAUAAUGGAAACAUGAAAUGUCACCAUACUUGCAAGGACAAGUCAACUUGCCGCCAUCUUUGUUGCCGGGAAGGAAUUCCUAGAAACACCAGGCGUAAGGCAUCGAAACAGAGCAUGAUAAAGCAUACUGAGAGUGUGCAGCAAGAAGAACCAUCAUCAUCUAAGGAUGCAAGAAACGAUUUGCAGAAAGGAUUAUCUUCCUCCAAGAGUAUGCUCCCUAACCUUGACGAAUGUCAGCAAAUGGAGCCAGAGCCGGUUCUGGAAAAUCCAAUAAAUUCCCUUCCCAAGGUGUCUUCAGCGCAGCAGACACAAAAGAUCACAUAUAUAAUACCCUCAAGUUCCCCUAAACAGAGUAGCCCUUUCGAUACAUCGUUGUCUGACACUCAAGAUGCAGAUUUGCUAAACUUCUUAGGAUCCGACAUUGAAUUGGGCUAA